UGGAGUGUUCACAGUGAGCCGUUUUGGACUUUGCCCUUUUCUUACAACGAGAUGAAGGAGCAAGACCCCAAGCUGCACAGUAUGUUGGCUGAGAGCAGCAUCAUCAUUUUCAAGGGGGAUCUCAACUAUCGCAAGUUGCUCGGAGAUAUCAACUGGAAGUACACAACUCCGUUUCAUGCGGCUCUGAGAGGCUUCAACCCUGCUCCAAUUGUAGCCCUGCGCACCGCCAAGGCAGAUCUGAUUGCCGGACUUGAUCCAUACGUGUUUGAACCUGUUGCUGCCAAAAACAGAAACUGGCUCCUAACAGGGGACUAUGGACUAAUCCAGUUUGAUGGCACAAACACAAAAAACAAUCUGGAGAGUGAAGUGAGCAGUGAAAUUAAAAAACUUGCUUUAUAACUCCAAACUCUGUUUUCCUAUCAUUUAAUUUCUCUUGCAAUGUACCUGUGAUUUUUAAUAAACUGUUUACUGUUGUUUUAUUUAA